AUGGGGAGACCCUUUUGCAUUGCAACACUUCUCCUCAUGAGCAAUACAGCCCCAGCACCAUCACUCACUUGGCUUGAGUUUCCUAAAGUAGUGGUUCCAUCUUUCUUGAAGACGGGCUUCAAUCUGGCGCAGUCAUGUUCGUCACACACGAAAGAAAAUUACCAGGCCUUCUUUCGUUAUACACUACAUUAUCACAUACUUCAUAUGCAGCCAUACCUAUGCGCGUAG